ACAGAAACAGAAAUUAUACUUGAACUAUUUGUCACAUUUAGCAAGAAAGUUCUUCUAUGACGUUUAAUCAGUCCAGACUCUAAUCAUAUUUAGUUAUGAGAUCUAUGUUUUCUUGUAUAUAUUCUUAGAAUAUUGCUGCUAUAAAUUCUACGUAUGACAGACAAUUUUUUAGCAGAUACAAAAAAAAACAGUGAUAUAAUUUAAGUGUAAUAUUUACAAUCCUAUAGGUGAAACAUUUCCCUGAGUGAUACGAUGCGAGUCGCGUCGUCGAUUUGUCUACAGCGAUGAUUCGUAGUGCGUUAACGAUUUUUCUUGGUGUCCUAAUAAUAAAUGAGACUUAAUUAUAAUUAAGAACAAUUCGCGAUAAUAACAGUAAAUAUGUAUUCGUUAUUUAUAUUUUCACGCUUAGAUACGUUAUUAUCUAAACUAUUUGCACGUUAUUGCAAGUAUCUUCUGUGAUUGACACGCUACCAAAUUUCGCUAACGUAAUAUUAAGUACUAUUAUAUGACUAACUGUUGUAUGAUCGCGCUGUCUUCUCUAUACAACGUACAACUGACGAAGAUCAGAUAAUUCAAAGGAUAUUAUUAGGCACUUCACCCUAUCACUCCAUUGAAUGCCAUAUUAUUGACGAUUAAAGCUUGGCUCUAACGAUCUCGAGGGACGCGGAGGAAAUCUCGUAUUCGGAGUGAUAAAUUGUCGCGUUCGGGGCGCGGAGGGAAUUCGAUUUCGAGCAGCCCAGGACAGAGGCUCCAGGGUUAAAGGCAGGGUUCAAAACGCAGGGUAUUUACCUGCCCUGCUCCCUUCACCUUAUGCAGGUACUCUCGACGUGUGUUCGCCGCGGACACCGGCGCCACGGUGACUCCGGUGGAAAAUCAAUAAUCCUGGCUCUGUGUAUGUGCCCGUGCGCGCCUGUGUGUGUGCGCGCCGUGUUCAUCUUACCUUCGGCGUUGCGACGAGACGGUGCGGUGGUUCGCUUAUACCUAUAUCGGAUCUUUUUUUGCGGUGAAGGAGGCGCCAUCGAACUUGGGCACAAAAGCGCGAUUUAAUUCGCAUGAUUAGAUGACGAAACGUGGUUCCGUUGAGUAUCUCGUCUUGAGCCGACCUGAAGAUAGACCGCCGAAGAGGUCGACGUUACGCUUAUCUGUGCGCGAUUUCGUUCCGCAGCCGCAACAAACCUAUAUCGUUAAGGUUGCGACACUUGUAAAUACUCUUCAUAAACUCUAUUCCUUUGUAAAUCACGUAAGAUAAUUUUGAGAUGGAGGUGAUUAGAGAUGAUUUUGAGAUAGGGAUAUUUUAGGAUAUAGAUUUAGAAGAGCUGACGAGAGUGUAUGGCUAAUUAUAAAUAACUAACUACGUAGAUGAUAUCGAUUUUGUGUUUUCGUGAUAUAUAAGCAUUUAAAUGUCUGUAUUGUAUAAAUGAAUAGUGUGGCAUUUGAAAAGUGAUUAUAUGCGGUUCAAAUCAUUUUUAAAAAGUUUCUCAGUAAACGAAAAACCGAGAACUAUCGUUUAAGAGAUAAUGCUAGUAGCAUAGAGGUCACGCAACCGUUAUCGAGAGAAUUGAAGAAAUCUUUUUGCCUGUAUAACGAGAGAAAGCUGCAGAAGGAGCUGGAUGUAUUUAAACAACAGGAUCCUGCUUCGUGGAACCCCCAAGCUGCAGUGUGGGGACUCGCGGUGCAUACAUACAGAGACCGGCUGUUCUCGUUCCGGUGCACAAUGAGCUUCUUGUUUUCCAUUUUCACUUCUUACUCUACCGUACUUUAUCGAGUUCAACAGAGAGCUCUUCGUGACGGCACAUACACACUAAACGUAAUUUGUUCGAAAAAAAAAAACGUUAUUAAUCUUUGCACCUUUUUUUCCAAUCUAUAACUCAACUUCAAAAAGAGCGACUCUUUAAAAAAAUGGUAGUCAGACAUAUAAUAACCUGCGUUAUUAAAAAUACUAUUGCUAUCAUAAUUGUUGAGUGGAAAACCUAUAAUAAUAAACAGUCGUUGCUGCAUAUGAAGUCUAUAUCUUUGAAACUUAAUGAAGGAGAUUAUUGUUUCAUUAUUUUUUAUUUCCAGUUUUUUUCUAACACAUGCAUGUCUGAUGUGUACUUAAUAUUUUAAUCAAUUAAUUUUCAAUUAUUUAAUAAUUUUAAUUUUUUAAAAAUAAAUUAAAUUAUUUCUUAUUUUAUGAAAAUAAAAUUCCGUUUGGAAAUCAUUCAUGUUCGCGUAAACUCUUUUUGAAAAAAGAGGUUUCGGGAGUACGUCCUGCUUUUCUCGGCGACCAGACUUUAGAAAGUGCCACCAGUAAACUUAACCUUCCUCGAUUAUCGAGUCAUUCACUUUGUGAUUCAUCUCAUCCCGCCCACUAGAUACGAAGGCAUUAAUCUGUAUGUACGUUCCCACUACGUUGGCCAUUAAGUAUGACGGCACUCGUGUAAUUGCUCUUAAUUCAACGUAAGUGACUGUCCAGACAUUUAAGAAUGCCAUUCAUGCGCGCGUUCCACCAGGCUUUCGACGUCGCUCGGGGAGAACACGUCGAUCUCGUCGCGAAGCGAUCGAUCUGUCGCUUCACGCCGGUAUUAUUAACGAUUCGAGAGAGGAUUAGAGUCUUGUGUGCAAAAUACCGAUUACACCGCUUCUGCCUCCUUCCUUUCCUUCCCCCCAGAUAUAAUUUGUCAGGUAUAUAAUAAUAAAUUCGUGACAGCAAGCGGUAAUUCCAUUGGCGUCUUUAUGCGCGACGAUAAGCCUCGAGGACGCUUGUUAAUUGAAAAUGCCGACCAGCAAGGUUACGUAAUGGAUAAUAAAAAUUGUGACGCGCUGCAGGAAAAUUGUGUAAAAAAAUAUAAAAAAUACAUACACACACUUAUAAGUCGCGUGAUUUUUUACACUCGCUCGUGUAAUUUUUGUGAACAGUGCGUCUUUAAGUCCAGUAUAGGAUGACGUAAUCAUGUUUGCGCACCGGACGAUUUUAUCAUGAAGCUGCUCCUCUCAAUUUGUCGUUUUCAUCAUUAGAUCACUAUAUCGGUUUACUCCGGUUUUCCUUGAGCUUCUCGCGCGCCCGAACGUCCGCGACAAUACCUGCCGUGUUACUUUACCUGUGACAUUUGGUCUGUUUAAAGAUAAAAAAGAAAAGUCGAUAUCGCUCGCUCGUGCAGCUGCAGCUGCAACUGUUCGUCGUGUUAUCGGUAUUCAUCAGUAAACGUCGUCCGCGAUGGAUCGUCGUAAAUUAGACAACGCGGUUAAUCAGGCGUCACCCUUCAUUAUGCCGGUCUGUUUUUAAUGUUGAAUCACAUUGGUGACGCUGAUCCUUGCGUGAGUUUACAAGAGAGAACACGAUUACGUAAUUAAUGCUUAUUGGUGUUAAUUGAUGUUUAUAUUCACAGAGAAUCCGUUUCUGAUCAUAUAUUUCCAUUUCCUCCAUAUAUGCAUAUAUGUACACAUGUUAAUUGUAAUGUGAAGGCGAAUAUAGAAGAUAUUUUUUGAUCUUCAAUCACAGAUCUAAAAGGAACGAUUUCCUCCUUCUGCCAUAAAAACUCGCAUGCAUUUAAAUUACAGGACGAGUGCCAUUAUAUUUCGCGUACUGCAUUUUGCUAUACACUGCAGCGAAUAUGCAAAAUAAUUAUGCGAACACAGCACGAGUAAAAAUCAUACAAUAUAUUGUAUACUUAAAUAGAAAUACAAAUUUCAGUUAUAAAUCGCCCGAUUUUUACAUCUGUUAUUCAUGUAAUUUCUUACAUCGUUUUUUAACAAAUUUUUAUAAAUUAGACUACUAUUCGAUAAAUUAUUUAGAUAAUUUAAUAAAUAUUUAUCACAUUAGCAUAAAUCUACGUUUCUAGACCUCAGAUACUCUUCGCAAAUCUUUUCAAUGACGUAAAGAGAUGGAAAAAGAGAAUCGAUUCCAUUUUUUUUUUGUAUCGAUCUUCGUUUCUCGUAUUUAUCUACGUGUAGAACAUUCAAAGUCUGCUUGGCACGUGCUCCAAGCUUAUCGUGUAUGCAAGCGCGAUCCCGUGUCGUAAGUCGACACGUUACGCCAAUGCCGGCGAGCGUGUCUACCUUUUCGUCAAGUCACCUUCCUGCGGGGUCCGGUGCGACGCCGAUGCCGAUGUGUAUAUUUCGCGUGUGUGACAUCAUUCGCGUGAUGUAAUCGUCGUGGCGAGCGAGGCGGCCGCGUCUCCCACGCGGAGGCAAGCGCGCGGUAAUGCUAUCUAUUAAAUGAGCGCACGUAUGUGUACCUAGAGCCGUGUACUCUACGGGCGUUAACAGAACGUUGCCACCUCCUUGAUAUCCGGCGAGCUCGGCGAUAGGAGCGAUGCAAUUAGUUGGCGGUAUCGGGACGAUUCGAGGAAUACGAGCAUAUGGAUGAAAAAAAUAAUGGAAAGAAAAACGGAGAUGGAUUCUCCGACUAUAGGAACAACGAUUGCAACACGACAUUUCUCGCCGGUGUUUUUUUUUUGUACACCACCAUUGCAUAGAGUUUAAAUUAUAAUGUCCCACGGUAAAAACAAUACGAUCGAAAAGGAGAUGACUCUCGUGUAGAAAUAAAUGGGGGAAAAAAGCCACAGUUCUGGUUAUCGCGGGACUCUGUACGAUAAUGCGACUUGUGGGUGUUGAUUUAAGGAAAUGUGCCUUUAUUAAGUGCUCCAACAAUAGAUGUGACGCAGAGAAUUUAUAGAUUUAUUACACGGAUCAAUCCCAUGUAAAACAGGCAUAGAAGUUUAUUUAUUGCAGCGCUUCUCGAAAGCCGAUUUAUCAGUAUUUACCUUCAGAUACUAAAGAUACAAUUUUUAUGAUGUGAAGAACAAAUUAUUAUUAUUAUUAUACCUACGUUGCGAUUGGACCGUUGAUGAGAAGAGAUGUGCACGAGAAAUGUAUUUUAAACUAACGAAAUUGAAGGGAAAGAUGAAUGAAGGACUAACAUUGUACGUAGGCGCGCGCAAUCGUGCCUUGUUAUCGAAUAGUGUUGCGUAACAUCUCUUUCGAAGUCCCUUCUAUUUACCCAAUUAUUAAUCGUUAGACCCGCCGUGCAAGAAGAUAAGAUUACUCUGCAAUUCUUAUCUGUACGCGUAGAUUGACGCGCGCUGACCGUAGCUUGCCAAGACACGUUCCGUACAUCGCGUUACUUACCAUUACGCCGCGUGGGUAGCAAAAAAGAAGAAAUUUUUAUGAUUAUUACUUACGUCCUCUCGUUUGCAUUUUAUGCGUGGUGCCGCGUUUUCUAGGCGCGCGGUUGAAGGUCUUACUGUUAGAUAUUCAACGCUGAAUAUCUUCUACAUCUAAAUUAUGUAACGUGUAUGUAAAGGACUGCGAAAAAUAUUUGGCGUUAAGCAUUAAUAGCCCUUUAAUUCAGAAUCUGGAUCGCGUGAUGAAACGAAUGGAGACGUGAUCUUGUGCACCCUUUUUAAGGGUUCGGCAGAAGUGAGCUGUUGGUCUGAUUGACAAAAUGACGACCGACAUCUCGGUGGUGCGCGGGGGUUGGGACCCCACGCUACAACAAGAGAUUGUCGACGAGUACGAAUACGACGGGGGAAACUCGAGUUCGAGACUUUUCGAACGCUCACGUAUCAAGGCGUUAGCUGGUGAGCGUGAAUUAGUGCAAAAGAAGACCUUCCAGAAAUGGGUCAACUCCCACUUAGUCCGAUGUUCGUGCCGAAUCGGCGAUCUGUACGUCGAUCUGCGAGACGGCAAGAUGCUGAUAAGGCUGUUAGAGAUCUUGUCGGGUGAGCGUUUGCCGCGCCCUACCAAGGGCAAGAUGCGCAUCCACUGCCUGGAAAACGUGGAGAAGGCACUGCAAUUCCUACGCGAGCAGAGAGUACAUCUGGAGAACAUGGGUUCUCACGACAUCGUUGACGGGAAUCCACGUCUGAGCUUGGGUCUCAUCUGGACGAUAAUCCUGCGAUUCCAGAUUCAGGACAUCACGAUCGAAGAGACGGACAAUCAGGAGACCAAGUCCGCCAAGGACGCGUUAUUAUUAUGGUGUCAAAUGAAGACCGCGGGUUAUCACAAUGUGAACGUAAGAAAUUUCACGACGUCGUGGCGGGACGGUUUGGCGUUCAACGCGAUCAUACACAAGCACCGUCCGGAUCUGAUUCAGUUCGACAAGCUGUCCAAGUCGAACGCCAUUUACAAUCUCAACAAUGCCUUUAACGUCGCGGAGGACAAGCUCGGCCUCACGAAGCUACUGGACGCCGAGGAUAUCUUCGUCGAUCAUCCAGACGAAAAGUCCAUCAUAACGUAUGUCGUCACGUAUUAUCACUAUUUCUCGAAGAUGAAACAGGAGACCGUGCAAGGUAAGAGAAUCGGCAAAGUGGUCGGUAUUGCGAUGGAGAACGAUCGUAUGAUACACGAGUACGAGAGCCUCACCAGCGAUCUGCUGCGCUGGAUCGAGGCCACGAUAGAGGCGCUCGGCGACCGCAGGUUCGCGAAUUCCCUAGUGGGCGUUCAAUCACAACUUUCGCAAUUCUCGAAUUAUCGCACGGUAGAAAAACCGCCCAAAUUUGUCGAAAAGGGUAAUCUCGAGGUAUUGCUGUUUACUCUACAGUCGAAGAUGCGGGCAAACAAUCAGAAGCCCUACACGCCCAAAGAGGGUAAGAUGAUAUCCGACAUCAACAAGGCAUGGGAGAGAUUGGAAAAGGCUGAACACGAACGGGAAUUGGCCUUGCGCGAGGAACUGAUUCGGCAAGAGAAAUUGGAGCAAUUGGCAGCUAGAUUUAAUCGUAAGGCUAGCAUGCGCGAGACAUGGCUGUCGGAAAAUCAGCGAUUGGUAUCGCAGGAUAACUUCGGCUUUGAUCUCGCUGCCGUGGAAGCCGCCGCAAAGAAGCACGAAGCUAUAGAGACUGACAUCUUCGCCUAUGAGGAACGUGUGCAGGCCGUCAUGGCGGUGUCGCAGGAGCUCGAAGCGGAGAAUUAUCACGACAUUGAGCGUAUCAAUGCUCGCAAGGACAACGUGCUGCGAUUGUGGAAUUAUCUUCUGGAAUUGCUGCGCGCCAGGCGGAUGCGGCUGGAAUUAUCCUUACAGCUGCAGCAGAACUUCCAGGAGAUGUUGUACAUAUUGGACAGCAUGGAGGAGAUUAAGCUGCGACUAUUGACGGACGAUUACGGCAAGCAUCUGAUGGGCGUGGAGGAUCUGUUGCAGAAGCACUCUCUCGUCGAAGCGGAUAUCAAUGUGCUCGGCGAGAGAGUCAAGGCCGUCGUUCAGCAGAGGCAGAGAUUCUUAGAGCAUGAAGAAGGCUAUCGACCGUGCGAUCCGGCCAUCAUCGUCGAGCGCGUGCAACAAUUGGAGAACGCGUACGCCGAGUUGGUGCGUUUAGCGAUCGAGCGUCGCACCAGGCUCGAGGAAUCUCGGAAACUCUGGCAAUUCUAUUGGGAUAUGGCCGACGAGGAGAAUUGGAUAAAGGAGAAGGAACAGAUCGUAUCCACGGGUGACAUCGGUCACGACUUGACUACCAUCAACCUGCUGCUGUCCAAACACAAGGCAUUAGAGAACGAGAUACAGUCGCACGAACCGCAGUUUAUGUCGGUUGCAGCAGUUGGCGACGAGCUAGUCCGACAACAACACUUCGGCUCCGAUCGUAUUCAGGAGAGACUUCAGGAGAUACUCGCUAUGUGGAAUCAUCUGUUGGAUUUGGCGGCUUUCAGAAGAAAGCGACUCGAAGAGGCUGUCGACUAUCAUCAGCUUUUCGCAGACGCGGACGACAUAGACAUCUGGAUGCUGGAUACUUUGCGACUCGUCUCGUCGGAGGAUGUCGGCAGAGACGAGGCAAACGUGCAAUCGCUAUUGAAGAAACACAAAGAUGUAACGGACGAGCUUAAGAACUAUGCCACUACUAUCGAUCAACUUCAUCAGCAGGCGUCUACGUUGGGCGAGCAGGAUGCCAAAUCGCCGGAAGUUCUGGAGAGAUUGUCUUCGAUAGAUAACAGGUACAAGGAGCUCCUCGAGCUGGCCAAGUUGCGUAAGCAGAGACUGCUAGACGCUCUGUCGUUGUACAAGGUGUUCAGCGAGACCGACGGAGUUGAACAGUGGAUCGGCGAGAAGAAUAGGAUGCUGGAUACAAUGGUGCCCGCCAAGGAUAUUGAAGAUGUCGAGAUCAUGAAACACCGCUAUAACGGUUUCGAGAAAGAGAUGAACGCGAAUGCAUCCCGCGUCGCUGUGGUUAAUCAAUUGGCUAGACAGUUGUUGCACGUUGAACAUCCGAACUCUGAACAGAUAAUCGCACGACAGAACGAGUUGAACCAGAAGUGGGCCGAGCUGCGUGAGAAGGCGGAGGGUAAACGCGAGGAAUUAAACUCCGCACAUGGUGUGCAAACGUUCCACAUCGAGUGUCGGGAGACCGUGUCCUGGAUCGAGGACAAAAAGCGAAUCUUACAGCAGACCGACAGUUUGGAGAUGGAUCUGACUGGCGUGAUGACGCUGCAGCGCAGACUGAGCGGUAUGGAGCGCGAUUUGGCGGCCAUCCAAGCCAAAUUAGAUGCUCUGGAGAAGGAGGCGGAAGUCAUACAGAAGGAUCAUCCAGAGGAGGCUGCGAUGAUACGCGAAAGAAUCACGCAGAUUCAUUUGAUUUGGGAGCAGCUGACGCAGAUGUUGAAAGAGCGCGAUGCCAAGCUCGAGGAAGCCGGUGACUUGCACCGAUUCUUGCGCGAUCUCGAUCACUUCCAGACAUGGCUCACGAAAACGCAGACUGACGUUGCCAGCGAGGACACGCCGACCAGCCUUGCCGACGCCGAGAAGCUGCUUACGCAGCAUCAAAAUAUCAAGGAGGAGAUCGACAAUUACACCGACGACUACCAGAAGAUGAUGGAGUAUGGCGAGCGGCUGACGACGGAAGCCGGCGACGGUGAUACGCAGUACAUGUUCUUGCGCGAGAGAUUGAACGCACUAAAGAUGGGCUGGGAGGAGUUGCAUCAGAUGUGGGUGAAUCGUCAGAACUUACUGUCAAACUCCCUGAAUCUACAGGUAUUCGAUCGAGACGCGCGACAAGCGGAGGUGCUCCUAUCGCAGCAGGAGCACAUUCUUGCCAAGGACGAAACGCCGGCGAACUUCGAGCAAGCGGAACACAUGAUCAAGCGACACGAGGCCUUUAUGACCACCAUGGAUGCCAACGACGAGAAAAUCAAUUCGGUCGUACAGUUUGCCGGACGUUUGGUUGACGAGGGACACUUCGCGGCCGAUAAGGUGAAGAAGAAGGCCGAGAACAUCAACGAGCGUCGGCAAAUUAAUCGCGACAAGGCCAAUCUACUUAUGGAAAAACUCAAGGACCAGCUUCAGCUGCAGAUGUUCCUGCAAGAUUGCGAGGAACUCGGUGAAUGGGUACAGGAGAAACAUAUCACUGCUCAAGACGAAACGUACAGAAGCGCGAAGACUAUUCACAGCAAGUGGACCCGUCACCAAGCGUUCGAAGCGGAAAUCGCUAGUAACAAAGACCGCCUACAGCAAUUGCAGCAGGCCGCGGACGAAUUGAUUCUACAGAAGCCGGAUCUAGCCGAGAUUAUCAAGCCGAAGGUAACCGAAUUGGCGGAACAAUUUAUCGAACUGGAGACCACGACUCAUGACAAAGGCGAGCGAUUGUUCGAUUCGAACCGCGAGGUAUUGAUACACCAGACCUGUGACGACAUCGAUUCCUGGAUGAACGAGUUAGAGAAGCAGAUAGAAAGUACCGACACCGGUUCCGAUCUGGCGUCCGUCAACAUAUUGAUGCAGAAGCAACAGAUGAUCGAGACCCAAAUGGCGGUGAAAGCGAAACAGGUUACCGAGCUGGACAAACAGGCAGAACACUUGCAACGCACAGUACCCGACGACAAAAUGGAGGAGAUCAAGUUCAAGAAGGAGAAGGUCGCUCAGAGAUUCGCCCAGCUUAAGGCGCCGCUCAUCGAUCGUCAACGGCACCUCGAGAAGAAGAAAGAGGCCUUCCAAUUCCGACGCGACGUCGAGGAUGAGAAGCUGUGGAUAGCAGAGAAGAUGCCUCAGGCAACUAGCACCGAGUACGGAAACUCGCUGUUUAACGUUCACAUGUUGAAGAAGAAGAACCAGUCGUUGCGCACGGAAAUUGAGAAUCACGAACCGAGAAUCAAUUUGGUGUGCAAUAACGGACAGAAGCUGAUUGACGAAAGACACGAGGACAGCCCCGAGUUCCAGAAACUGAUACCCGAAUUGACGGAGAAGUGGCGUGAAUUGAAGGACGCAGUCGAUGACAGAAACAAGCAUCUACUGCAGAACGAGAAGGCGCAGCAGUACUUCUUCGACGCUACCGAGGCCGAGUCGUGGAUGAGCGAGCAGGAGCUGUACAUGAUGGUCGAGGAUCGUGGCAAGGACGAGAUCUCUGCCCAGAACCUGAUGAAGAAGCACGAGUCGCUCGAACAUGCGGUUGAAGAUUACGCGGAGACGAUCCGUCAAUUAGGCGAGACCGCCAGGCAGCUGAUAAACGAUCAACACCCGCUGGCCGAUCAGAUCGCCGUGAAACAGUCGCAGGUGGACAAACUGUACGCCGGUUUGAAGGACCUGGCUGGCGAACGACGCGCCAAACUGGACGAGGCACUCCAAUUGUUCAUGCUGAAUCGAGAAGUCGACGACCUCGAACAAUGGAUCCAGGAGAGAGAAUUGGUCGCCGGCAGUCACGAGUUGGGCCAGGAUUACGAUCACGUCACGCUAUUGUGGGAGAGAUUCAAGGAGUUCGCGCGCGAUACCGAGGCGAUCGGUUCCGAGCGAGUGGAGGCUGUCAACGGCAUCGCCGACUCUCUCAUCGCCACCGGGCAUUCUGACGCGGCGACGAUCGCCGAGUGGAAGGACGGCUUGAACGAGGUCUGGCAGGACCUGCUGGAGCUGAUCGAGACGCGCACGCAGAUGCUGGUGGCCAGUCGCGAGUUGCACAAAUUCUUCCACGAUUGCAAGGAUGUUCUCGGCAGAAUCCUGGAGAAACAAAACGCCAUGUCUGACGAGUUGGGUCGCGACGCCGGCUCGGUGUCCGCCCUCCAACGUAAACAUGCCAACUUUAUUCAGGACCUGUCCACGUUGCAGAAUCAAGUGUCGCAAAUCGAGGAGGAAUCCGCCAAGUUGCAGGCGAGUUACGCGGGCGACAAGGCGCGAGAGAUCACGAAUCGCGAGGCCGAGGUCGUAGCGGCGUGGAACAAUUUGCAAUCGUUAUGCGAGGGCAGACGAAUGAAAUUGGAGGACACCGGCGAUCUCUUCCGAUUCUUCAAUAUGGUCAGGACCCUGAUGAUCUGGAUGGACGACGUGGUGCGCCAGAUGAACACGUCCGAGAAACCGCGCGACGUCGCCGGCGUCGAAUUACUGAUGAACAACCAUCAGAGCUUGAAGGCGGAGAUCGACGCCAGGGAGGAUAAUUUAAUGGCGUGUAUUAAUCUCGGAAAAGACCUGUUAGCUAGGAAUCAUUAUGCCAGCGUGCAGAUAAAGGAGAAACUGGCGGCAUUGACCGAUCACAGGAAUGCAUUGUUACACCGAUGGGAGGAACGUUGGGAGAAUUUGCAACUCAUUUUGGAAGUCUAUCAAUUUGCCCGAGAUGCGGCGGUUGCUGAAGCAUGGUUAAUCGCUCAAGAGCCAUAUCUCAUGAGCCAGGAGCUUGGUCAUACUAUCGACGAAGUUGAGAAUUUAAUCAAGAAACACGAGGCUUUCGAAAAGUCGGCAGCUGCCCAAGAAGAAAGGUUUAGUGCCUUGCAUCGACUUACUACUUUCGAGUUGAAAGAACUAAAGCGACGAGAACAAGAAAGGGAGGAAGAAGAAAGACGUAAAAAGGAAGAGGCGGCAGCGGCGGAGGCUGCACGUUUGGCCAAGGCGACGCCCGUUACUAGUCCAGAUGAACCACCUAGCGAAAGAGCUGAAACUGAUGGGGCAACAAGUGGAGUAGGAGAUGAGGAACACGCGGCACAUCGCAAGGCUUCUACACGUACACCACAGCAAGACAAGCCCAAAGAAGUGCAUGCACAAAGACCUAGGCAGCUGUCUUUCCGGGAAGGAGAUGGGGCUCAGCCUGUCGUGGCGACGUAUGUGAAACCACCGCCGCCGCCGCACGGUACCCGCACGCCGACAACUCCGAAAGGCAGCGGCUCCGAGGCUGCAAGGCGUAAGGAACGAAGCCGCAGCAAGUCACCGUUCAGGAGCUUCCGCUGGAGAAAGUCCGCCAAGUCGCCGAGUUUAGAUCGCAGUGGCGUGAGUGAUGAUGAGCACAGUAUUCCUGAGCCACGAAGUCCGAGCGACGACGAGUUCGAGGGGCCGUUGCAGCGGAAGCACGAGUGGGAAAGCACGACGAAGAAGGCGUCCAAUCGCUCCUGGGACAAGGUCUACAUGGUCAUACGCGGACAGAGCUUAUGUGUAUAUAAAGAUCAGAAGUCGUACAAAUCCUCGCCCGAUCAAUCGUACAAAGGAGAGGCACCUCUUGAUCUACGAGGCGCGACUAUUACCGUAGCGAGUGAUUACACUAAGAAGAAACAUGUCUUCCGAGUCAAGUCGCAAAGCGGAUCCGACUUCCUGUUCCAGGCCAAAGACGACACCGAAAUGAAUGACUGGGUGUCCGCGCUGAAUCAAGCGGCGCAAGGAACAUCGGGUGCAAGCACAUCCAGGGCCCACACCUUGCCAGCCCCGACACAAGCCGAAACUAAGCGGCGUAGUUUCUUCACUCUCAAGAAAAACUAAACUGGAGCAGUGAAGUACGGUGUAAAGCCGCUCGUAAUGCGUCUGCACAACAUCAUGUUUGUGAGAAAAUGUUUCGUCGCUCUACAUGGUUAAAGCAACGCUAAUAUAAAAUUAGAAGACACGGCCACGGUGUUAUGAAAUGAAUUGAAGGACGGAUUGAACGGGUCUUUGAAAACGCCUACUUUCGAAGAUACGGAGAUAUUUAACGGUUAUAUGUUGAUAUUUACAAGUGUAGGCUAUUGAAAGUCUAAUUAAAUUUAGUUCUUCAAUGAAUUUUUUGGACACUUUGCAAUAUUGCUAGUUGAAGAACAAGCGACAUUUUUUCAUGUCCCACGUUAGCGUGAUCAGACUUUUCACACGGGAUUUAAUUUUAUUACAUUUUACGUAUAUUGACACGUAUUAAGAUGCACGAUCAUUUCCUUGUCGCGGAAAACGAUGAAACAAAUGAUGUCUUCUUUGUGGUACAAAGUAUUUUAUAAGUUGCUGCAAUGUCUUUACAUUCAGCAAUCUUGUUUUUUUUUUUUUUUUUUUCCAAAUAACGUUAUUCGAUAGAAGACGAGCUCGAUCUUGUUGAUGAGUCUGCGAAGAACGUAGAUUGGAGGAGAUAUAUCUUAGUCCAUGAUUUACGAUGAUUUCUUUUUAUAAUUCUAUACGAUGAGUUCAGAUUUUUAACGUCUCUCGAUGCAUUUGACUGCAUUUCGCGCGAGUUCUCGUGUUACAGUGCAGAUAUAAUCUCCGACAAUACUGAAAGGAGGGCGAGAACGAUUCCAGCCGUGUUGAUCGCUUAGGAUAUAUCGCUUUCAUUAUCAUAUUAUCGCACCGCAGUAUUUUACUUGACUUCUUUUCCUGCAAACGUGUCUGUUUGCGUUCGGAUGACUGCCAUAUAUUUUAAGAGCCACACUAACUUGGGACAUAAUAUUAUAUAUAAACUAUAGCUUUUAACAAAUUGUUAAAUAUGCAGCGCCCUAAGGGAAUACCGCAUUGAAGAAUUAUAAAGAAAAUGUAACGACUAA